AUGUCAAAAUCAGUACACAGCAAAAAUGAAAUACUGAGGUCCAACACUGGUUUGAUCAUCAAUCCAUCCAAAGCCUAUCCACGCUCAGAAACAAGAGAUAAACUGACAGGACUUACUAUAUUUCAAGGAGUAUAUGAUAUUCAUCAAAGACACACAUUGGACUUUUCAGGCAAAGUCAAGCAAUCAAGAACAGGUUUCCAUCCAGGGCCACAGUGCCUUCCGUCCAGGUCAAGCAUCAGGGAUCCGAUCAGAGUCCACGGUUAUCAGGUCAAGCUUCAAGGUUCAGGUCAAGGUCAACGGGUUCAGGUCGAGGUCCACGGUUUCAGUAUCCAUUCCAUCCAGGUCAAGCUUCAAAGCCCACGUCAAAGUCCACGGUUUCAGUAUCAAAUUCCAUCCAGGUCAAGCAUCAAGGAUCCGAUCAGAGUCCACGGUUUUCAGUCAAGCUUCGAGGUUCAAGUCAAGGUCCACGGUUUCAGUAUCCAUUCCGUCCAGGUCAAGCUUCAAGGUUCAGGCCAAGGUCCACGGUUUUCAGAUCAAGGUCCACGGUUUCAGUAUCCAUUCCAUCCAGGAAAAGCAUCAAUGUUCCGAUCUCCCAGCUAUGGUUAUAGUUUUCAGCCAUCUAGGUCAAGUGUCAAGGUUCCGAUUUCCCGGCAAUGGUGUUCAGCCAUCGAUGUCAGGCGUCAAGGUUCCGAUCGCCCGUCCAUGGUUAUAGUCAUCCAUGUGAAGCGGCAAGGACCCGAUCGCCCGUCAAUGGUUAUAGUUAUCCAGGACAAGCAUCAUGGUUCCGAUCUCCCAGCUAUGUUCAAGUCUCCAGCCAUCCAGGACAAGCAUCAAGGUUCCGAUCUCCCAGCUAUGGCUAUAGUCACCCAGGUCAAGCAUCAAGGUUCCAAUCUCCCAGCCACGAGGUCAGUCAUCGAGGUCGAGUGUCAAGGUUCCGAUCUCCCUGCCAUGUGUUCAGUCAUCCAGGUCAAGCAUCUAGGUUCUGAUCGCCAGUCCAUGUAUCCAGCCAUCCAGGUCAAGCAUCAAGAUUCUGAUCGCCCGUGCAUGUGUUCAGCCAUCCAGGUCAAGCAUCAAGGUUUCGAUCGCCAGCCGAUGUAUUCAGCCAUCCAUGUCAAGCGUCAAGGUUCAGAUCGCCCGUCCAUGGUCAUAAUCGUCCAGGUCAAGCAUCAAGGUUAUGAUCUCCCCGCCAUGUAUCCAGCUAUCCAGGUCAAGCAUCAAGUUUCCGAUCUCCCCGCCAUGUCUCCGGCCAUCCAGGUCGAGCUUCAAGGUGCAGAUCUCCCGUUAUAUGGUUAUAGUGUUGAAUCCAUCAAGAUCAUGCUUCACGGAUCCGGAUUCAUGUCUACUCAUCCACGGCAAUUAUCAGGAUCCGAUUUUCAUGAAUUGUUAUAG